UAGCGGCGGCGGCGGCAGCGGACGCGACAUGAGCAGCGGGGCGGCGUCCGGGACGGGGCGGGGGCGGCCCCGGGGCGGGGGACCGGGACCCGGGGACCCCCCACCCAGCGAGACACACAAGCUGGUGGUCGUGGGCGGCGGCGGCGUGGGCAAGAGUGCGCUGACCAUCCAGUUCAUCCAGUCCUACUUCGUGUCUGACUAUGACCCCACCAUCGAAGACUCCUAUACAAAGAUCUGCACAGUGGAUGGCGUCCCUGCCCGGCUGGACAUCCUGGACACCGCGGGCCAGGAGGAGUUUGGCGCCAUGAGGGAGCAGUAUAUGCGUGCCGGGCACGGUUUCCUGCUGGUGUUUGCCAUUAACGAUCGGCAGAGUUUCAACGAGGUGGGCAAGCUCUUCACGCAGAUCCUCCGAGUCAAGGACCGAGACGACUUCCCCAUUGUGUUGGUUGGGAACAAGGCCGAUCUGGAGGCACAGCGCCAGGUGCCCCGAUCUGAAGCCUCCGCCUUCAGUGCCUCCCACCACGUGGCCUACUUCGAGGCCUCGGCCAAACUGCGCCUCAAUGUGGACGAGGCUUUCGAGCAGCUGGUGCGGGCUGUCCGGAAGUACCAGGAACAAGAGCUCCCACCCAGCCCGCCCAGCGCCCCCAGGAAGAAGGACAGAGGCUGCCCCUGCGUCCUCCUGUAGCCCUGCCGUGAGGGGAACGAUCAGCACAAGUUCUAGGGACCAGCUGCCCCUGCCAGGCCUCAGUUUCCCUACCUGGGAAAUCUCCCAGGAUACACUACACCCCCACCCGUAACUCCUGGCCUGAGGGCCAGUGCCACUGUGUGCCUUCUGCCAAUGCCUCCUUCCCCCACCGGAGCGCCUGGUGGGGGCGAGGGGCCCCCCGGGCAUCCGGGUCACUGCUGUAUAUAAUCCCGCCCCAGAGAAAUAAACGUCACUGCCAACAUCAGGAAGUGCUUUUGUGAAAGGGGAAAGGGCUAGGGGAGGUAGGCGAACUCAGGGUACACACGCUGAAGCCUCGGCCCGCCUAGAACCAUCGGACAUAGCACCCUUUGCUUGGUGGGGCAGGCACCAUAGAGAAGGAGGUGAAUUAGGCGUCCGGACCCCGCUCCCCCAACUUACCCUCCAACGGAGCCAUUCCUCCCUUUUCUGUCUCGGUGGGCAUUUGUUGGUUUAAUGUUUAAAAAGGAAUUUGUUUCUGUUACAUUCUAGAACAGCACUGUUCAAUAUGGUAGCCAGAAG